AUGAGGGGUGAGGAGGAGGAACAGGAAGAGAGGAGGAAGCAUCAUCUUCAUCAUCAUCAACAUCUUCAUCUUCAGGACACACCGAGGACUCACGGAGCAUCCGCCGCCGCCACAGAAGCAGCAGACCCGGGGACAUGGACUCUGAAGACAGCCGAUCCGCGGCCUGCACCGGCUCCAGCCUCCUGCAGCCGGUCAGCGAGAUCACCGACCUGCCGCUGGACCAGUGUGUGUCUGUGUGUGUGCAGGUGAACUUUGUGGUGUGUCAGCUCUGUGCUCUGCUGUCGGCCUUCUGGUUUCGUCUCUUCCUCCAUCCCAGUAAAACCAGUCCCUUCAUCAGACACAUGGUGGCGACUCUACUGGGACUCUACUUCGCUCUGUUCUGCUUUGGCUGGUAUGCACUUCACUUCCUGGUGCAGAGCGGACUCACCUACGGCAUCAUGAUCCUGACUGGAGUCGAACACAUGCACAAAUACUGCCUCCUGGUGGCUCUCAGCUAUCUGAGUCUGUGUCAGAUCACUCGAGUCUACGUCUUUGACUACGGCAUGUACUCGGCUGACUUCACCGGACCCAUGAUGGUGAUCACACAGAAAAUCACCAGCCUGGCAUUUGAAAUCCACGAUGGAAUGGCUCGAAAAGAGGAUAAUCUGACCCCGGGACAAAAGAUUUUGGCGAUAAGGAGGAUGCCCAGUCUGCUGGAAUACUUCAGCUACAACUGUAACUUCCUGGGGAUCCUGGCCGGACCCACCUGCUCCUACAAUGACUACAUCGCCUUCAUUGAGGGAGACCCCCGUCGCCACAGGGACCAGGGCACUGAUGGGAAGUCCAGUGUCAAGCGGAGGCAGAGCGAGCCCUCACCAAACCGUUUUUUUCCUCAGACUGAGGUCGUCCGUAAAGUGACCACUUCCUUCUUCUGCCUCCUGGUCUUUCUGUUGGUGUGUAAAGUUUUCCCUGUGGAACGAAACAUUGACGACGACUUCAUCUCCAACACAACGUUCUACUCUCGGGUGGUCUACCUGUACCUGUCCAUGUUGACCACCAGACCCAAGUACUACUUUGUCUGGACACUGGCUGAUGCCAUCAACAAUGCUGCAGGUUUCGGCUUCAACGGUUACGACAGUGACGGCUCUCCUCGCUGGGACCUGAUCUCCAACCUGAGGAUCCUGAACAUCGAGUUUGCCACCAGCUUCAAAGUCUUCCUCGACAACUGGAACAUUCAGACGGCUCACUGGCUCAAAAGAGUGUGUUACGAGCGAUGUCCCUACCACCCGACAGCAGCCACCUUCAUCCUGUCAGCCAUGUGGCAUGGAGCGUAUCCAGGUUACUACCUCACCUUCCUCACCGGCAUCGUCAUCACACUGGCUGCCAGAGCGGUCAGACACAACGUUCGGCCAUACUUCCUUCAAUCACCCUCCCAUAAACUGGUCUAUGAUGUCAUCACAUGGGCGGCCACUCAGAUCGCCAUCUGCUACACAGUGGUGCCUUUUGUCCUGUUGUCUGUCGGUCCAUCAAUAAAGUUUUACAGAUCGUGGUUUUUCAGUCUCCAUAUCGGCUGCGUCCUGUUGGCUGUGGCAUUGCCAGUCAAACGGAGACAUCUCCACCUCAAGGACCGGCAGAGAAACCUCCCCCAGGAGCCGCUUCAGCAUCCCCUGGAGGCUAUAGAAAGUAACUGCAGCCAGAAGGAAAGAAACACAUGAGAGAGAGGAGAAAGAGCAAUCGGGCAAAACAUAAUAUUUCCAUUCAGUUGUUUAGAAAGAGGAGGUGAGCCUCAUCAGGCUGAGCUUCCUCCCUUCUGCGAUACAGAAACAUGAUGGUCAAGUUAAAAUACUGUAUUAUUUGGACUCAUGGGGCAAAUGGAUACGAAGAACAGGCCAUGAAAUUAUUUUCUCAUAAACGACUGCCAGGAUAGCAUCUAUAUGUACUGAACUAUCAUGGCCACCUGGGUAGUGUUAAACUGACUCCAUUUUGUUUGUGGUCAGAAAGCUACUGACUGUCCAUCUGCAGGAAGGAAUGAAGAAAAGGAGGAAUAAGUAAAAGGAUAAUUGGGACAACAGUCGAACAAAUGAUUGUAGAUGUUAUAUGCAAAAACAGAAUGAAGAAGCGAGGAGUAAAUUAGUCGAGUGAAAACGAGUCAGGUGAAGGGGUGAAUGAGCAGGUCAGUGAGUUACUGCAUUAACGAGUAAAUGAAUGAAACAACUGAUGAAAAGGAUGUUUUCUCCUCCACAUUGAUCUAAUCUGACAGACUGUCAUUGUCUCAUCAUCACAGUAUUCAGACAAAUCACUUUUGGAGAAAGUGCCAAUGAUUAUUAAACUCAGUCGCCUUAGGUCUUACGUUUUUUACAAGACAAAGAGAAUAUUCACUCUGUCCUGAUGUGUGAGUGGUGACAGCGACGUCGUGUUUACAUUUGUAGAUGUCAUGUAGUUAUUUAUGUAACCAAUCUUUCUGACGAGGCAUCAAUUAUUAAGGCUUAAUUGGCUGUAAUUAUUGGCUGUUAAUAAUUAAUAAUGAUAAUAUUGCUAAUGAAUAAAACAAUUAUUAUUGUUUUAUAUCAGUUAUGUAAAAUUGCCAUUCUUCAUUUACACUAUUUAAAGUUUGUACAACAGCCAGUCAAACGCUUAGUUAAAAAAUGGUUCUACCAGAAUAAGUCUGCAGUCGUACAUGUUAAUAUGAAGUAUACAGAUAUUUAUAUAUAUAUAUAUAUAUAUAUAUGAAUAUGUGUAUGCACAUUUUUUAUAUAAUAUAUCCUGCAGCUGUUUUUUAACCCUUCUAAGAUGUUUAAUGAAUUAGACUAAAAACAAAAGGUCGGAUUACUAUGGGCUCAUCUGUGAAGCAGUAAAUUAAUUAUCAACUAUUAAUAAAGCUACUAAUUACCGCUCAUUAACGCUUUAUAAAUGGGGCCUUAACAGGUGGUACCAUGUUCUUUAUGUUAUUCAAACAGAUGUGUGUUGUUGUUGAUGUUCAGAGUCCGAACAAGGGAAAACAAGUGUAACAAAAUUUUAAGAAGUGAGUUCAAACUGUGAAAUUCGAACGUCCAUGAUGUGAUAAGAAAUGCUGUUUUUUAAUAAUUUUCUUACCUUUCCAUAGACUCAUCAAAUUUCCCAUGUGGUUGAAUGCAGUGGUUAAAUAGAUUGGUUCAGGUAUUGAUUCAAUUUUAUUUAUUAUAAUUUAUAAUUAAUUAUAUUAUAUGUUUUAUUAUUUGAAUUUUAUACAGGGAUCUCUCAUGGUUCAAAUGAGCUCCUAAAAAGAUUUGGGUUUAAUGAUUCUACGCCACGUUUACUAACAGCUUAACACUUUAAUUUAAGGACAAUUCAAGAGGGUUAGGGUUAGGGUUAGGGGUCAAGAGUUGAGAUAAUGUGAAUAAUUGAUUAGUUGAUGGACAGAAGAAUAAUCAGUAACUAUUUUGAUAAUCGAUUAAUGUUUCAAUUAUUUUUUUAAAUAAAAUAAUUGAGAAAUAAUUGCCAAACAUAGUUCCAGGUUCUCAUGUGAGAGGGUUCUCUUUGAAAUGAAAUCUCUGAGUUUCAAGACGUCUCUUGCACUGUGGGACAUUAGCAUUUUUCAUUUUUUAUAUUUAAAAUGAUUAAUUGAAAAACUCUUGUUCCAUUUUAACACGUCUCUUCAAUGAAGACGCUAAAGGUUCAUUUUAUCAGUUAGACUGUUAGCGGGCUCAGUUUGUUUGGUGUAAGAUGUUUUUAAUGUUUAGACACAACUAACUGGACAAGUGGUUCAUUUAAUGACAAAUGUUUUUUUCCUGCAGUUUUAAAAAUGUGGGCCUUCUCAGUGUUUUGGUUUCAUACAUGAAUAAAUCCAUUCAGUGCA